GUCCCGGUCCCGGUCCUCUGUCGCCUCCUGCCCGGCCGGUGCCGGCUGUGUCUGCCGACAGCGGUGACUCCCUCCCGGGCGGGCCGGAGGCUGCCCCGCUCCCUGCCCGGGCGGCUGCAGCGGAUGCCGCGGGUCGCCGGAGGGCAGCCGGGGCCGGCGGCGUCGCCGUCAGCAGCGGCGUUUUCCCGGUAGUUAAGGCGCAGCCGGUCGCUUGGAGCGGGAUGCUUUGAGGGUGAUAUAUCUGUGAGUGCUUCAGGUUUCUCCUACAAGAUGUGUUCCACAAAUCCAACCAAUUGGGUUACCUUCGAUGACGAGCCACUCUUCCAGUCACCUCAGAAAUUGGUUGAUAAUCACAGCAGUUGUAAAGCAAAUGGCCUUAAACUCAAUCUUUCUAACGUGCAUGAAUGUUCAAGUCGAUCAUCUUCUACAGGCAGUACUCCACUCUCGUCUCCUGUAGUUGACUUCUACCUAAGCCCUGGGCCCCCCUGUAACUCUCCACUGACCACACCAACCAGAGACUACCCAGGCAAUCCGUGCAUCCAGAACCCUGGGAUUCAUAUCCUGUAUCCUAUUCCUGAAUGGCCAUCAAAUGUUAACCUUCCGUCACCUGGGGUUUGCUCUUCCCUCGCCUUGCAGAAAUCCAGCAGCCUUCCUUUGACUAAUGACAAUCCAGUUAAGACUUCGUUCUCCAAAUCAACAGAUGAGGGAAACCCUGAUCUGCAAGGAGGUGACAAGUCAGGAGAGUCGUUGACACUGGGGCGCUUCCCCCACUUCCAGAGUGACUGUGGCUUUUCCAGUCCCUUUUGGAGGGAAGGAUGCUUACUCAGCACGUCACCAGCUAAUGUUAACACGUGCAGGAAGGACAAAGCGAUUAACAAAGGCAUUUGUCAUUCUAAAGAAAAAGAGGUUUACCAUGAUCAGAAGAGCCUUACCCAGGGCUCCUUCAGCUACAUCUGUGAGAGGCUCGAACACCUGCAGGCUGAUGGCUCUGACACUGUGGGAAGCUUACCCAUCUCCAGUGCUCACGCGUGGCACAAGCAGUCCCCAGCUGUUCCUCACGGCCUGUUCAGGAGCCGGAAAGCUGAUGGAUGGCCAUUCAUGCUGCGCAUUCCUGAAAAGAAGAACAUGAUGUCAUCUCGGCAAUGGGGUCCUAUUUACCUGAGGGUUCUUGCAGGAGGUGUGUUGCAGAUGUACUAUGAAAAGGGCCUUGAGAAACCUUUCAGAGAAUUCCAGCUGCAGCCACACUGUAAGCUAUCUGAACCCAAACUAGAGAGCUAUAAUGUUUCAGGAAAAAUCCAUACGGUGAAGAUUGAGUGUGUCUCUUACACAGAGAAAAGGAAGUAUCAUCCCAAAGUAGAAGUGAUCCAUGAGCCGGAGGUUGAGCAGAUGUUAAAGUUAGGAACCACGGAUUAUAAUGACUUCACUGAUUUCAUUGUAACAGUUGAGGAAGAGCUUAUGAAACUUCCUACCAUUUCUAAGCAAAGGAGAAAUUAUGAAGAACAAGAAAUGACUCUAGAAAUAGUGGAUAACUUCUGGGGGAAAAUCACUAAAGCAGAAGGAAAGCUUGUAGAAAGUGCUGUCGUCACACACAUUUAUUGUUUGUGUUUUGUGAAUGGAAAUACUGACUGCUUUCUAACUCUGAACGACCUGGAACUCCAGAAGAGGGAUGAGCAUUACUUUGAGAAGGAUGUGGAGAAGAAAUGGAUCAAUAUUCUUGAUUGCUAUUUCCAUAGCUGUGUCAAAACGCAGGAAUUUGAGCAAUCACGAAUUAUUAAGUUUAUACCCCCUGAUGCCUAUAGGCUGGAGCUAAUGCGUUUCAGGACACAGUAUCAAGGAGAAGACCUUCCGUUUUCUGUGAAGGCUGCAGUAGUGGUUCAGGGGGCAUAUGUAGAACUUCAGGCUUUUAUAAAUAUGUCUUCAGCUACAACACGUUUACCCUCUGUGAAAUACUGUGAAAAUGUUAUGAUACGCUUUCCAGUUCCUGUUCAGUGGGUCAAAGCACUUUGGACCAUGAACCUCCAAAGGCAGAAGUCCCUAAAAUCAAAAAUGAAUCGAAGAACAUGCCUUGGUUCUUUACAUGAGAUUGAAUCUGAUCCCGUAAUACAAGUCUCGGUUGGAACAGCGAAAUAUGAAAGUGCCUACAGGGCUGUUGUGUGGAAGAUAGACAGGCUUCCAGAUAAAAACUCAAGUUCAGAUCAUCCACACAGCCUGUCUUACAAACUCGAGCUUGGAUCAGACCAGGAAAUACCUUCUGACUGGUACCCAUUUGCUACUGUACAGUUUGUCAUUCAUGAUACCUGUGCAUCAGGAACAGAAGUCAAGUCACUGGGCUUAGAGAGUGAUGUGCAGCCGCAGAAACAUGUGAUUCAGAAAGCUUUUUACAAUUGCCAGGCCCCCAACCCCGCGCCAUGCCGUGGCAGUACCCCCGCGGCCCGCCUACAGCCCGGGCCCGCCGCCCCCAGGCCGCGCCGCCAUGGCAACGGCGCCUUAAGGCGUGCGGGCGGGCCAGGGGCAGCCGCCGCCAUGGCUCACGGCAACCCCGUGCUUAAACUCUACAAGUCUGUUAUUGAAGAUGUGAUUGAAAGUGUUCGGGAACUCUUUGCUGAAGAGGGUGUAGAUGAACAGGUUUUGAAAGACUUGAAGCAGCUUUGGGAAACCAAGGUGAUGCAGUCUAAAGCAACAGAAGGCUUCUUCAGACAUAGCCACCAUUCUUCACAGUUCACCUUGCAGUUGCCACACACUUUUCAUCGUGUUUUGCAGGCUUCAUCAGCUUCCUUAGUCAUCCCAGCUGGCAGAGGUUUACAGCAUUUCACGGCAGCAGGCCUGGGUGCUUCACGACCAGGUGCAACUCUUACUCUCCCUUCGGGUAUUGCUUAUCCUAUACACGUACCAGCUGGAAUGACACUACAGACAACAUCUGGGCAGCUUUAUAAGGUAAAUGUUCCUGUCAUGGUUACGCAGGGCCGAGGAGGUGCAAAUAUUCUGCAACUUCCUAUUCAGCAGAUAUUUCAGUCGGUUGGGCAACCUUCAAUUCUGCACGCCAAUGUGGCCAGUGUUGCACCGGUGAACGUACCUUCUGUCCAGCCAACUGCCGACAUGUUGCGAACUCAGAAGACUGCUGUCCAACAGACCGUGGCAGUUCAACAGAGUGCCACGGAAAAUAAACCCCUAGAGAACUCUACCAGUACUGCGUUGGUUCAGCAGCCUACGGAGAGUCAGCAGCAAAUUGCACCUAAUGCAGUGCUGAAUCAGCAUGAAGAAUCUACAGAGAAAUCCCAGCAUGGCAGCCUUCAUACACCUGUGUUUAAUUCAGAAUCCUCUGAAGUGUUUUCUCCUUCUGAAUUUGUUGAGGCAAACAACUCAAGCAGUGUGCUGCUGGACGUGGAGGGGCAGUUAGACACUGAGCCUCAGGAAUCACUACAACAGCAGGUGUCUGAUGAUAUCAUUGAGAUGAUUAUCAUGGGCAAAGGUUUGGAUGAUAACACUGGUUUGAAAGAUGAGGACACCAUUGCUCCCACUGGCAAGCUGGAACCUACUGUGCAGGUGGAAUCUAAUUUACGAUCAGAGAAGGAUAUCUGCAGUGACAUUGAAGGCAUAAUUCAGCUAGAUGGAACCGGUGAUGCUUCUCCCAAGGAAGAAAUACCACACACAAAGGAUACAGAAGAGAAUGAAUUCAUUGGUAUUAUUGAAUCAGAGGAUCUAAAAAUUCUGGAGGAUGAGGAUGAAGGAGAGGAUGAAGAAGGUGACAGUAUUUCAAACGUGGAUUCUAGCAGCAGUAGCUGUGAUAAUGAAGAGCCCCAAAUAGAUAUUGUUGAGGAGGACCCAUUAAAUUCUGAUGAUGAUGUCAGUGAACAGGAUGUUCCAGACUUGUUUGACACAGAUAACGUGAUAGUUUGUCAGUAUGACAAGAUACAUCGAAGUAAGAACAAAUGGAAGUUCUACUUAAAGGAUGGAGUGAUGUCCUUUGAGGGUAAGGACUAUGUUUUUGCAAAAGCCAUUGGAGAUGCAGAGUGGUGAUGCCUCACCGAAGAAUGUACUUUAGAACUGUGGCCUUAUUCCCUUACUAUCUGUGAAACAACUGGACUUCCUAUUUUGUCAUUUAAAAGAAAGACUGAAUUUGCAGAAUAUGUAAAAUGUGUUCUUAAUACAUGCAACUUAAAACACUGUAUUGUUUCCUGUUCAUUUGUCUUUGCUGUUUUCUGAUUAUUUCAUUACUUUUCCACUAAAGAAGCAUUGUUGGAGUGAAUAGCUGUAAAGACUAGAACAUUGACUGUGUUAGCAAUUCAAGGAAGUCAUGGAAUACUAAAUGACUGUAUUUAAGUAAACUU